UGCAGUGCGACCGCUGCAUGAAGGCCAUCGCCAGCGCCUCCCGCCACGGCCGCCUCGACUGCUUCGUCCAGUCGACCGACAAGAACUUCCUUGUCCCCGUCGGCGGCGCGAUCGUCGCCACCGCCGACGGCCGGCACGGGCCGGAGCUGCUCGCGAAGGUGCGGUCGACCUAUGCGCGCCGCGCCUCGAUCUCGCCCGUCCUCGACCUCUUUUGCACGCUGCUCCACCUCGGCGCCGACGGAUGGCUGCGCCUCCUCGAGCGGCGGCGCGCCGCCUUCCCGGCCUUCCGGCGCAGGCUCGAGGCGGUGGCGGCCAAGCACGGCGAGAGAGUGCUGCACACGCCAAACAACGGCAUCUCGAUGUCGGUGACGCUCACGCCGCCGGAGGGGUCCAAGCCCGCCGGCUCGCUCGGCGCCUCGCUCUUCGUGCGGCUCGUGUCGGGGCUGCGCGUCGUCACGCCCUCUGCCGCCGGCAAGACGGUCGGCGGCAUCUCCCCCCCCCCCCCAGGCGCGCACUACUCGGGCUACCCGUGCGCGUACUUCUCCGUCGCUUGCGCCAUCGGCAUCGCGGACGGCGACGUCGACCUCUUCCUGCGCCGCCUCGACAAGGCGCUCGCCGAGUGGAAGAAGCCGCCGCGCCAGCCAAAGGCUAAGGCGGGCGGCGCGGACGGCGCGGCGGGGAACGGGUCCAGCGCCGCAAAGGAGCGGGACCUCGCCAAGGACUUCCGGCCCAACCCCUCCGCCAAGGAGUUUGUGCCGGCCGCGCCACCCGCGCCUUGCAUGACGGCGGCGCCGCCCUGUUCCGCGGGGAAGGCGGAGGAGAAGGGGGUGGCGGCCGAGUGAGCGCG